AUGAAUUCUGCUUCUGGGUCUCACCUUUCAAGUGCAUCUUUGCAAGAUAAAAAAACGGGCGAUGCUACUGCGAAUGGUGUGCCAUCAGGGCCUCUAGUUCGAACAUUACCGCGACAAACCGACCAGAUCGAAGCUACACCGAACGUAGACUAUCAGGACAGGUUAUGGACGCAGAUCGAUGUUUUGGACGAUGUGCGAAGGAUGGCUCGCGAAAAGGACACUUCAGAUGGGUUUCCGGCGGGGUUCGAGCCGCAGCUUAAACAGCUGAGAGAAGCUCACGUCAAAUUGUUGAACACGAUGAAGACACGACGGGACAAACAGGAACUACGCGAGGAUGGCGAACAAAAUGGUGAUGAGAAAGAGGAUUACGAGGAGCAAAUGAAGCUUGUGUCAGAUGUUACGCGUUGUGUGCGCGGUUUGAGGGACUAA